AUGGAUAAACGCUAUGACAUGCCUUCUCUCAACGACAUCUCCGUUAUCAGUUCAGGAAGGUCUCCUGCUAUGAACGACACCCUCAACAAAAUAAUUGAACAAUUCACCUUUUCCCCUCAAGGAAGAGGAGGAAACACUGUUUUCCCUCUACAGGACGAGCCUGAUGAUUAUGAAGAAUAUGAUCAGCCUCAGUCCCACAUAGAGCAAUUACAGCCUUCAGCAAUUUUAUCCAAAAGUGUUUUUGCCAAAAAAAUCCGCCAAAACAUAUACAAAGAUGAAACUUUUGAAGAAGAGGAAACAAUUGAAUCUCAGAUUCAGGCGGAUACCAACAAUGUCGACUUAAACAAUAUUAUGAACUCGGGAAGACUCAUGAGGCUAAAGCUCGAUAUGGAUAAAUUCCCAGACCAGGCUUUGGGGAUUGAAGAUUUUGUUGUUGUUAUGAAGGAAGUUAUAGCUGACCAAAUCAAAAUUGACGACGAAAUUUUGGUUUCGCAAUUAAUUGACAACUUCUACAGAAUUGACGUCCACAACACUGGGAAAGUCUCAUUUGAUAUGGUGUCUUCAUACCUAAUCGAGCAAGAAAUUAUGAUGGAAAUGGGCAAGGACCGAACCCUUACUUAUAGGCCGAGCCAAAUUAUUGACGAAUCUAGGCAUGAUAACUAUAUUGAUAAGCUAUUUUAUUUUCCCUCUAUUGAUAAGAUUGGGGUUAUGGAGCAGAAUUUGAGGGCAUUAAAAAUUUACAAUGCAAAUAAUUUGAGAUGUGAGUAUUCCUUGAUGGUGAAAACUGGGAUAGCACUAGCAUCGGAAUAUAUACAAGAAUUUCAUGUGAUUAUAUUGAGCUCCUCAGAUAAGUCAAUGCUGUUUUUUCAUGCAGACUCACAUAACUUAUUAAGAAGAAUCAUGGUCCCGGACUCCCAGCAUACCAUGUUCUGGAGCCAUGAGCACCAAACUCUAUUUUCAGCUGGAAUGGAAGGGGCCAUUUACGGCUGGAAUGUAGACGAAAUUCUGAACCCUGACAUAAAAUCUGAAGAAAUCCCUUAUUUUGAUGUGAUUGCUAAAGGUAUGCCUUGAAAGGAUGGCGACGAAUGCAUUUUUCAUAUUGUUGAGCUUACUGCUAUGCAGCAGAUAGCUGCAGCCUGUGCUGAUAAAAAAAUCAGAAUCUGGGACAUCAGAUGGGAAAGCAAUACUAAGCCAAGGAAAAUCUUACAAGGCCACAUUAAAGCAAUUAGGUAUUUAGCCUAUUCUUACGCUUACAAUCUCCUAAUUUCCUGUGGGUUUGAGUUUGAUGCAUUAGUAUGAAAUCCUUAUGUCUCAGAACCAAUUUGCCACUUAAAAGGGCAUGAAUCACCAUUAACUGGCGUUGAAUGCCCAGAAAUAAAUCCUACGAUUGUUACAGCAGACUCCAAAGGCGUAAUUAAGAUAUGAAAUAUUAAAGAUUAUUCUUUAAUCCAGACAUUUUACGUCAAUGUUUUAAAGCUUAAGGCUAUAAAAUCAAUCCCUAAACAUAGAAGACUAAUCGCUGCUUCCAGGAAAUUACAAGUUUUUGACUAUGAAAAGCCUUUUAUUCCUGAAAUUUCUGAUGACUCUCCUAUUUUUUGCGCGAAAUACAGUUCUCAGCAGCUGCAAAUUUUUAUCGCUGGGCAGCAUUCAAUAAAGGUGUGAAACUGCAUCACCGGAAGACCUAUAAAAUUAAUUAGCGAUAUUUUUAUCAAUGAUAUAACGUCGCUUAUUCUUGAUGAGUCUGAUAGAAAAAUAAUAGUUGGAGACCAUUCAGGCAGGAUUGUGAUGGUUGACAGCCUAAGCGGAGUAAUUCUUAAAGAAUUUUGUAGCCAUAGUGAAGAGGUGACUGGAAUGGUUUAUGUUGCAGGAGAUAGACUGCUUAUUACGUGUUCCUGGGAUAAAAAAAUUAUGAUCCAUAACGAUAACCUCAAAGGCGGCUUUAAAGAAAAAAGGCGAGGUGUAGUUAGAUCAAUUUCAAACGCCCAUUCAAAUGACAUCACCUGCAUCGCUUAUUCUAGCACUCUUGACUUGAUAUAUUCUGGGUCAAGAGAUUGCCAAAUAAGAGUUUGGGACUAUGAAACAUGCAAACUUGAAGCAGUCUUAUUAGGCCACCACUCAGAUAUUUUAAUAGUGCUGUCUUUAGACCCCUAUCCUAUGAUUCUGGUUUCAGACCAAGGAGGAAAUCUUUCUAUAUGAGGAAUUUCAUGCCCAAAUAUGCCAAGAUUCCAAUGUUUGGUGAAGUGGAGAAAUAUGCAUACUUUAGAAAAAACUGCAACCAUCACAGCAGCAACUCACUAUUGUUUAGAUAAUGCUUUAAGAAUAGUGCUAGGUGAUGAAAAAGGAACGAUAAGGUUAUUAGAAGUCAAAGAUUUGCUGACAGAACUUAAUAUAAGUCCAUACCAUAAAGAAUCUCCAAAAUUAAAAUCCAGAAAUCCCACUCGGCUAAAGGAUUCAAACUUUUUCCUCCGGACUUUUUGCUAGUACGACAUUUCCUUGGGGCUAUUUGGUCAAUUUUUUCCUUGUGAUGAUUUUUUCUGAGCAAGUGCUUCUUGAGGAAAUAAUUUUGACUAAAAUUUCCAAGGAAAUGCAUAACAAAAUUCCUUAUCAAAUGACGUCGAGCCUCAGCUAGCUGAUCUUGAUAUGCAAGACACAGAAAAAACCCAUAAAAUUACCUUUAUGCAAAGAAAAUCAUCAGAAAGCAGUUUAGAAUCCGAAGAUCCUCAGCCUUCAAAUGAGCUUGAAUUUGUCGCGAAGCCUCUAAAAGAAGACCAUUAUGUACGACAAGUCAUUCAAUGGAGAGCUCAUAAUGACGCAAUUAAGCAUUUAUCGUAUAUAAGUGAGCUCACUACAACUGGAGUAUUUUCAACUGGCCUAGAUCAUAUGGCUAAACUUUGGACAAUCAACGGCGAAAGCUUAGGAGUGCUCAAACAAGGCUCAAGGGUUCCUUCUGAUUGAAAUUUCGAUGUCAAAGAAGAAGUUAAGAGUAGGAAGCAAAUAAGAGCUAGAAAUAUCAUGAAUAAAAUAGCAAACUUGCCAAAUUCAACAAAGAGAUUUGGGACUUCAAGAGAAGUAGAAGGGAGAUCAGGAUUUAAAAAACUAAAUACAAGACUUACUGAGGACAAUCCACCUCUAAUAACCGCUGCCGAAAUGCUCAAAAACAUCAAUGAAGUCGAAAAACUAAUGCCCAAAGACAAUGCGUAUGAAAAUCUCAAAGAGUCUAGAGGAUUCAAGCCGAAGAAAUCGAAGAGAAAUUAUUAA